AUGGACGGGAUGCACGAGAUGGGUCUGCAGCCCGGCCAGGCGGAAGGUGGAGUUGGACAAAACGACUUCUUUGACGAACUCUUCGCGCGGAAUCAUGAGAACGUGAACGGCCGCAGUCACGAGUUGCACGGCGCUGCUUCGACGACGCCCAACUCCUCUUACUCGCACCAGCACCACCACACCCAGCAUAUCCCGCCCCUGCCUCCCAUGAGCCAAUUGCCGAUGGAAGGCGGCGCAUUCGACCUGGGCAGUAUCAUGAACCAAAUGCAGCCUCCCGCUCAGGGGUCUGGCGGCAACUACAAUAAUCCGCAGUUUAUGCUCGAGCAGCGCCUCAAGCUCAACCAGCUUCAACAGCUACAACUCCAGAGCCAAAUCAUACAACAACAGAUCGAAAUGAUGAACGGCCAAAGCUCGGGAGGUCCGAUAGACGUCGACCAACGGCAGAAGCAGCAGUCUUCGGCGGGCAUGUUUAUGGGUCUUCCUACGCCCUUGAACUCUACGGAAAUUCACGCCCAACCGAGCUCCGACUUUGUGUCUCCUAUGACUCUUAGCUACCUCGACUCUGUCCCUCUCCCACCUUCGGAGCUGCCGCUGCACCCCCAUCAUCUCCACUCGGCUGGAGUACACUCUGCGCCCGCGAAUAUUGUCUUCAAUACCGCGCCUCCUGUGCCUUUGCCAUCUCCCGGUGACCUCAACGACGUCGACUUGUCCCCGCUUACGAGCCCCUGGAUUGAGGCCUACAAUAAGCACGAAGGAUCGUCAUCGCAUGGCAGUGGCGGCCGCAGCAAACGCACCGCAUCGCCCAACGACGAGGACGCAGCGAGGUAUGGCCGUCCCAGGCCUUCUCCAGCCCUUGUCCCGACGCAGCCGGGUCCCGCACGAUCCACCCGUCGCGGGACCAAAUCCGCCUCGAGCACCCCGUUGAUGCGCUCUACGCGUCCGGGCGGACGCAAAGCUGGUACACCGGCCAGUGGCGCGCUUGACAUGGUCGUCGGCGACAGCCCGUCUCCCGUAGACCUCAGCAUGCCUCCUCCCGCGCCUCCCGGUCCGGUCGAGUUCAGUGUUCAACAUACCCAGCACGACGGCGGUAUGCAGUCGUUGGGGCACUCUUCCCUGAGCAUGACGCCUGUCACGCCCGCGAGCAUGAUGAAUCUCGGUCGAUUGAACGGCGCUAGCGGGCUCGCCCCACCUCCCCAUGUGCAGUCAGGUCCUAGUUCGAGCUCGGCAUCACCGAGCGGAGUAGCACCCAAGGAUCAGCAGCCGUCAGCUAGCAAGCCCACACGCCGACGCUCGGCAACAACUGCCGGUCCGUCCAAAAGAAGCGGCGGCACUCCUCUCGUUUCUCCCGCCCUCAAGCCUAUUCUGCCGGCGGGUGGGAUGUCGAAUGCUGGUGGUGCAUUGGCGCAGACCGCGAAUGGACCGCCGGGGGUUAAGAAAACCUCGCACAAAGCCGCGGAGCAAAAGAGGAGGGAUAGCCUGAAAACGACGUUCGACGAGCUUCGCGGUUUGCUACCGCCUAUCCCCCUGCCGACUGAGGACGGCUACGACGAGCCUCUGUUACCCGGCGCUAUGCCGCCGCGCGGUCCCCCGCGAGGCAACGUCGACGGGCCCAAUCGCGGAAUCAGCAAGCUGCAAUUGUUGAGGUGUGGGAACGAGUACAUCCGGAUGCUCAAGGGCCAAAUAACGAGGAGGGAUGACGAAAUGGACAAGCUCAGGAGGGAGAUUCGAAGGCUGCGGUUGAAUGGGCCGGGCGCAGGAGAGGAGCUUUGGGAGGAGGGAGAAGAGGCGUGCGAUUUGGAAAGGGAUGUCGAUGAGGGUAUUGAUCUUGGGCCCUGGAAGAGGAGUAACAGGCCUGAGGACGAGGAGGGAGACGACGAGUGA